GUUUUGGUGCCCCAAACAGUUAGAUGGAGAAACAAUGGACAAAAAGUGCAGCUUGCAUUUCAAUUGCAACCAGCGUGGCACUUCUUCGCGGCAUCAGAUGGGGCCUAUCACAGACAAGCAGAACUUCUGUCGACUCUGAAGGCCACCGGUCAAAAGAAAGCCAGACAAAAAUAAAAAUAUGAAAAUAAAAAGUUGGAUAAAAAUAACCCAGGAAAAAGAAACAUCACAAAGAAGAAAAAUUUUCGAAGCGGUGAGAGAGAGUCGAUACUCACACUUCCCCCUACCACGAUUCUCCGCGACCUUGUGUGUCCGUGUCCCCGGUUAUAAUAUAUCCCGCCCAGUCGAUGCCACCACUCUCACCUCCUAAUUGCAUCAUUUCCGACGCAGAUAAUUCGCGAGGAAUCCCGCAGAUAUAAAUGAAGGCGUGCAAGCAACAUCCGGGAAAAGCCCUCCUAGCACGGCUCUGCUGGGAGACGGAAGCAAGGUUAGUCACUAGAACAAAGAAAGAAAAAGCAAAGAUAUUUCUCUUUCACCCUGUAGAAAGAGAGAAGACGAUGGACGGUGGGUUAUUCCAUGGUGACUCGGUUGCUCCUUUGGCUUCAAUGAACCAAGCCCUAUAUCUAGCGAUUAGUCCCCUCAGUAUAGAAGAGUUGGGGCUGGUGGGCGGAAGAGGUGCAGUUGUUGAGCCUGGAGAAAAAGCGUCUCUUUCUUUUUUUUUCUUUUGCCUUUUUCACUCUUAAUUAAUUAAACCUUUGCUUGCCUAUUCCCGUUUAUCCUGAAGCUAACGUUGUUCUCCUGGUGGUGGUUGUCCACUGUCGAGGUCAAGGCCGAGAAGGAUGUGCAGCCUAGACAUGGCGCGAACGCAGCGAAAGCGUGGUGAGAUUUUUAGCAUUUUUAUUCCUCCUCUUUCUAUGUGCCAACCGGCAUGCCGAAAGGGGAUUUCCUUUUUAACACAAUAUUUCCCUGCAAAAUUUCCGCAAUGUUAUUGCUAUUAUGAUUAUUAUUUGAGACCUUUGUUGUUGUUGAAAUAUGGAGCAAAGGGGAAAGAUGGUGCGCUCCCAUAGUGCUUUUUGUUUGGCGGCAAGUUCCAAACUCGGAGGCGACGACGACGACGCGAAAAAAAAAAAGAACCCUCAACCAUCUGCAAACUGGAACUUCUGCUGGAUAUCCACAAGCAAAAACAACCCACGCCGUCGUUCACUAGAAAUGAUUGGCCUUGGACUGAACAUUCCCAUUGCUUAAUAAUAAAGCCUUCUUUGCAUCCUUAACACACCUGCUAAUGAGCGGAAUCAUGGAUGAUUCAGACUUCGAUGGCCCCUCUGAUAUCGAGCUAGAGCUCAACAGACGGCCCCAAUUUCAACCCCAGCAUAGCUACUGCAACGGAGAGACGCCUCCCGAGGUCCAGAUAAGCAACCAGUGUGGUGUGGGCCAUCGUGUCCAGGCAGUCCGAUCUGUUCUUGCUCUUGUGCUUGACGAGGAGUGUGUGUUUGCGGGGCUCCAGGGGGGCGAUAUUGUUGCUUGGUCACUCGAUACCUAUGAACUGAUCCUAUCUGUGAAGGCUCACCAGGAGAGUGUGCUCGGUUUAUAUCUGUCUGAUGAUGCGAGCCUCCUCUUUUCAAGUGGUGGUGACUCCGUUGUUAAUGUUUGGUCAACGAGGACUUUUGAGCGCCUCUACUCGAUUUACUCGCAUCACGAUGUAGGCGAUCUAUUUACAGUAGUGUACUCAUCCAAUCUCAAAACUGUUUAUUGCGGGGGCCAAAACACGAGCAUUCAAUGGUGUGAUCUGCAACUGGAUACCCCUCCACCGCCGCCAGUUUCUGUGCAUCCGUCAAACAGGAGGCAUCGAUUUUUCGAUUCCAAGGGCCCUGGUGGCAUUGUUACACUAAACCCUGAUGCUGGGGAGGCAGCUGAAAGACUUGGCCAGGGUGGCCAGAGCCUUACCUUCAAGAAAGAUCAGCACAAGCUGUAUGCCCACAAUGGCUAUAUAUAUUGCAUGCUCUUAGUCCGAGGCCUGGAGGAGUGGGCAAAUGGUGAGGAAGUACUUCUGACGGGCUCGGGGGAUGGGUCUGUCAAGCUUUGGGAGCUUGGUAAGUGCCCAGAAGGUUCACUGCUUGAGCUGGGCGAGUUAAAAAAUGGUAGCGAUUCAGUACUCUCUAUUGCUGUCGACGGUGCGUUCCUUUACUGUGGCCUUUCAGGAGGUGCAGUUUACAUCUGGAACCUGGAUUCUCGUCAGAUCAUCAGGAAGCUCACGGCCCACAGUGGGGACCUCUGGGCAAUUGAUGUUGUCGGAAAUGUUACUAUUACUGGUGACUCCUCUGGCAUCAUAAGGAAAUUUAACUCUAGAUUCGAAGAGAUAGGUUCGUGGGCUGCUCACAAAGGGACGAUGCUGGCGUCAGCAGCUGGAGUUUUCAAUAAUAGGCGUAUCUACGCUACUGGUGGCAACGAUAAUACAGUCGCUAUUUGGGAUUUAACAGACCACCCUCAAGAUGUCCAAGAGAUCCCUGCAGUUGGCAAUGAUGAGAUGGUCAAUUGUCUGGCAAAUUUUGUUGCAUUUAAGACAAUAUCUUCGAGACCCAAGUUUGCUGGAGAAUGUAACCAGGGCGCGGCUUUCCUUCGACGUCACUGCAAUUAUUUGGGCGCCAAAACUAAACUUUUGGCGACGGGGCCAGAUACAAAUCCGAUCGUCUUUGCGAGAUUCGAUGCAGCAUCAAAGUCAUCAGCCAGCAAGACUGUUCUAUUUUAUGGACACUAUGACGUUGUCGGUGCGGAUAUGAAUCAUUUGAAAUGGAAUACGGAUCCAUUCCAGCUCACUUCGAUCAAUGGGUUUUUGUAUGGUCGAGGUGUGUCGGAUAACAAGGGCCCGGUUCUCGCUGCUCUAUAUGCUGCUGCAGAGUUAGCCCAGACGAAAAAUUUAAGUUGCAAUGUCGUCUUUUUAAUUGAGGGCGAAGAAGAAUCUGGUUCCCAGGGAUUUGCACAAACGGCUCAGAAACACAAGGAUUUGAUCGGAGAAGUUGACUGGAUCCUCUUGGCAAAUAGUUACUGGCUGGAUGAUCACAUUCCAUGCCUGACAUACGGGCUAAGAGGAGUGGUUCAUGCUAAUUUUGUCGUGACAAGCAGUAACCCAGAUUUACACAGUGGAAUUGAUGGUAGUUCCCUUCUCGAUGAACCAUUGAAGGAUCUCACCAUGCUUCUUGCUACUCUCGUUGGUGCGAGAGGGAAGAUUAAUAUUCCAGGGUUCCAUGACCCCGUCCUUCCCUUGACCGAAGCAGAAAAGAGACGAUACGAUGCAAUUGCCAAAGCUCUACUUCCUCAUCACCCUGAAAUCGAGGACUACGAAGCUUUCACUGACUCCCUAAUGCACCGUUGGCGGGAACCAUCUCUUACAAUCCAUCGGGUAGAGGUCCCAGGCUGCCAAAAUACCUCGACAACUAUAUCGCGAAGAGCGCGAGCAACACUUUCCGUCCGAAUAGUGCCUAACCAGGACGCAGAUAAAGUGGCAGCUGACCUGACGGAGUUUGCACAUGCUCAGUUUGCAAAUUUUGACUCUCAAAACAUAUUGACAGUUGAAAUAGCAGGAAAAGCGGAACCAUGGCUUGGGGACCCUGAGAAUGACAUCUUCAAAUUGCUUUCACGCGCUGUAACCGCAGCAUGGUCUUCUGCCAAGGGAGAUCGUCACUAUAACUACCCACCCGUUAAUCCAUCUAACCAGCUAUCUCGUCGUGAAAUUCUCCGCUCAAACUCAACUGACAGUGUGGCCUCGAAUGUCGGCCGAAUAAUUUCCUCCUCGUCCUCAGCGCCCAAAACUCGCUCAGGACACAGGCUCUCUGCACCUAGCGUUCCGACCUCUUCAACCCUGGCGCACGGCUCUGACCUUGCGGGCACUAAACCUCCCAGUCGACCCCGUGCACCUUGCAGACAUAACGCGUCUUCAUCCGCUUGCGAAGUAACCCCAGUAGCGGCAGCAGAAACAUCCGGACCGCAACCUCAUACACGGAACUCUACAUCAGCAUCUCAUUCUCCGGUAUCUAUUGCGCGCCCCUGCCAAUUCAUCCAACCCAUCUAUAUCCGUGAGGGUGGAUCGAUCCCGACGAUCCGCUAUCUAGAGAAAGAAUUCAAUGCGCCAGCGGCUCACCUACCGUGUGGCCAGGCGAGUGACCAUGCGCACUUGGAUAACGAGCGGCUGAGGGUUGAAAAUCUGUAUAAGAGUCGAGAGAUUAUGACGCGGGUGUUCAGGGAUUUGGGAAAGGAUGGAGCUGGGACUGGUAAUGACGGUACUCUAGACGAGGACGGCAGUGCUAGUAAUGAUAGCGAGGCUGGGGAGGAUUCAGAGGAGUAAGACAGGGAAUGGACUGAGGGAUGGAAUGGAGGAUGAUUGAAGUUGUUGAUGGAGUCAGUUGGUAACCAUCAUGCAUCGGGAUGCCUUCUUCGAUUGAGCACCUUCACCACAGGACCUGACCUCGAUGCUCUACUUUCUGAUACUAUGUUAUUCUUUCUAAUGCUUUUCCUCCCCUAUAAUGUAUUGAUAGAAAUACUUUUUUUUUCCCGCUUGGAGUUGCAUUCUUUCCCCAUCCCUCGUUUGACAUUACCAUAUCCUUUAAUUCGCAUUUCACAUUUGCGGUCUAUUUGCAUUAUUAUCCAUCCCUCUUUCAAAAAUGUCAUUCGCAGGGAACAAAACCACAAAAGUGGGGAACAACACAAAUCAGAAAAUCAAGGGUUAUAUUCGUUACCACAUAUCGUUAUCCUUAUCACAUAUCUAAUACACAUGCAUACAAUGGAACUACAAUGCGACAUGCGACACCGUGUACUCUGUAUAUAUGCAAAGAAACACAAAGAAAAGAUCACAAAGACGCCUCCACGCGAAUCAUACAAAUAAUGCAAAGUAAAACCAACAACCCCCCCC